AUGGUGAGACUGAUCGGCCCCGCAAAAGCGAAGGCGACUGUGCUGGAGGAUCUGAUAGAGAGCGCCGGCGGCUGCGCCAUCGUGGACGGGGGUUUCGCCACCCAGCUCGAGAAACACGGCACCUCCAUUAAUGAUCCUCUGUGGAGCGCGCUUUGUCUUAUCAAAGACCCUCAUCUAAUUAACAGGGUUCAUUUGGAGUAUUUGGAAGCAGGUGCCGAUGUUAUAGUAACGUCGUCGUAUCAGGCUACUAUACCAGGAUUUGUAUCCAGGGGAUUGUCUACAGAGGAAGCAGAGUCAUUGCUUACUAAAAGUGUGAAAAUUGCCACCGAGGCCCGAGACAAGUUUUGGGCCUCGGUAAAGCGGAGAUCUGUAGGUAAGUACAACCGGGCUCUGGUUGCCGCCUCUAUUGGGAGCUACGGCGCCUAUCUUGCUGAUGGUUCUGAGUACAGUGGGAACUAUGGUCCAAAAGUAACUUUGGAGAAAUUAAAGGAUUUUCAUAGGAGGAGGCUUCAAGUUCUUGUGAAAGCAGGCCCAGAUUUGCUUGCUUUUGAGACCAUUCCUAACAAAUUAGAAGCUCAGGCUUGUGUUGAGUUGCUCGACGAAGAAAAUGUCGAGAUACCAUCUUGGAUUUGCUUUAGCUCUGUGGACGGUGAAAAUGCUCCUUCAGGUGAAAGCUUUGCGGAAUGCCUCGAAGUAAUCAACAAGAGCAGUAUAGUACGUGCGGUUGGAAUAAAUUGUGCCCCGCCCCAUUUUAUCCUAAGCCUAAUCCACAGAUUCAAAGAGUUGACUAGUAAAGCAAUUGUUGUGUACCCCAAUAGUGGAGAGAUAUGGGAUGGGGUUGCUAAAAGAUGGCUGCCAUCAAAAUGUUUUGAUGACGACAAAUUCGAGAUAUUUGCGGGAAAAUGGAGGGAUGCCGGAGCCCAAAUCAUUGGUGGUUGCUGCCGGACAACGCCAUCUACAAUUCAGGGGAUUUCUGAAGUUCUGAAGGAAGGAAAGUGGUUUUUAGAAUGA